AUGAACUCGGGGGCAUCCACAUCUCUGUCGGUCUCGAAGAAGAACUCCACCGCGGUCAAUGACGGCGGCAUGGAGGCAUGGUGCCUCCAUGCCGCCGUCAAGUUGGAGCCAGUCUGCGGCGACCACAGCGCUCAGAAAGGCGGCGUCGCGGAAGCAGGAGCCGACGGAGGAGCAGAAAAGGAUGCUCGGGCCGCGGCUCGCAGGGCCAAAAAGGCCCGGCAGAAGGCGAACAAGGCGGAGAGGAAGGCUGCGGCGGCGGCCGCGAGCGAGGCCGAGCGUGCGGACUACCCGCACGCGCAGCUGCGCGAGAACGUCGAGAUCGUGAUGGAGGGCUUGGAGGCUGCGGCGCAGGCGGCGCGCAACCCCAGCGGGUCCAAUAUUCAGGUCGCCUACUCGCUGCCUCCCGAGGGGGGCAGCGGGUUCGGCGACCUGGUGUACGCCACGGUCCCUCUGGGCUCCGUGGCGACGAAGGUCGCCCGGGACUGGCUCGCCAACGAGCUCUACGAGCCGUCCCGGAGCGGCAAAAUUGAUGCGGCCUGCAGGGACCGAAAGGUCGCCGACCUGAUCACGGCUGCCGGCGCCUCGGCGCCGGCCGACGCCGUGUUCGGCGGCAGGUUCGCGACGGGCGAGGCGCCCCGCCCGACGACCCCCGCCUCCGAGGCGGACGAGGGCGACGGCGUCGGCGGCGAUGGCGGGACCGGCAUCGAGCACUUUGACCUUUUCGAGCCGGACCUUGGCCAAAAGGGCGCCGGCCGCGUGUAA